UCCGUUUGGAAAGAGGGUCAAAUAGGAGAAGGAAAUUGUACAAAUGCAUAUAUAAAAUAUUCUCGCAAUAUCACACCUUUCUUCAAUCUUCUUGCUUAUCGGCCGAUUUCUCAAUAUCUCUCUUCACUGUUACAGGGUUUUUGAUUCGUUAAAGUAAUACUAUCUAACUAGUGGUGAAGUUCAAUGGGGAGAAAGAAGGCAACAGAAGAGAAUUCUGAACCUCCCAAGCAGGGCGGCGGUGGAGGAGGGAAGACUAAGAAGAAGAAUAGGGUGAUUGAUGACGAUGAGUACUCUGUCCAGACUGAAGAACCUACACUUCAGGAAGAUACAGUACUUGAUGAUGAUGAGAGAAAGAAGCCAGCCAAGCAGGUUGGUGGUGGUGGAGUCAAGUCAAGGAAGAAGAAUGUGGUAAUUGAUGAUGAUGAAUACACUAUUGCGACAGAGGAACCUGUUAUUCUGGAAGAAAAAGUAAUACUUGGUGGACAGAAAAAAGCUAAAAAGGGGAAGAAGGGUGCCUCUAAUUAUGGAGGGUAUUUAACAAGGGAUAGUGAUCAAGAGGAUGAAGGCAUUGCCCCCUUCACUGGGAAACUGAACAAGUCAAAGCAGGGAAAAACCAGUGCUGGUGUGUUUUCUACAGCUUUUGAUACAAUUGGUGAUGAAGAGUCCGAGGAAGAUGAAGAACCAGUCCUUGCUGGUAUGGGGAAGACUAGUGGCAAUUCAUUUAGUGUGGCUCUUCUUGACGAAGAAGAGGAGGCAGAUACUUCUGUUUCUAAGUUUGACACAGAAACAGUUGAAGAGGAUGAUGCGCCAGAACUUAUAUUUGCAGGUAAAAAGAAGUCAUCUAAGAAGAAGAAAAAAAGUGCUGUCACUGAAGCAAAUGUUAAGGAAGAAGCUGAAUCAGAACAAGCUAGCCCAGGGGUUAACCCUGAAGAAGAAGCUAAUGAUAAUGACAAAAAAAAACAGCAAAGAGAUGUACCAGAAACUUCUAAGAAUAAAACCAAGAAGAAAAAGGGUGGUCGUACAGUUCAAGAAGAUGAGGAUGAGAUUGACAAGAUUCUAGCAGAACUUGGUGAAGAAGCUGCUCCUGUACCGUCUGAAGAGAAAGUACAUGCUCAGCUGGAGUCAAAAGAUAAUAAAUCUAAGAAGAAAAAGGGUGGCAGAAUGGCUCAAGAGGAGGAUGACAUUGACAAAAUUCUGGCAGAAAUUGGUGAAGGGCCACCAGCUACAUCUGCACCUACUCCUUCUCUUGCACAAGAAGUGAAAGGCCAAUUGCAGCCUCAACUAGGUGAUGCUGCUGCUGAGAAGGAGGCAACUGAAGAAGGAGCUAUGGAGUCUGCUGCUGCAAAGAAGAAGAAAAAGAAGAAGGAGAAGGAAAAAGAAAAAAAGGCAGCUGCUGCUGCCGGCAAAAUGCAGGAAGAGUCGAUUGAAAUAUCAGAAGUUAAAGAACAUCAUCAGGAGAUUGUGUCAGAGGUUGAUUGUGUGGAAACUGAGAAAGUUGAGGAUGUGGAUUCGACAAUUACAGAGGAAAAGUCAGAAAUAGCUGAUGCUGAAGAAAAUGAAGUUGAAGAAGAAGAGGAAGAUGAUGAAGAAUGGGAUGCAAAAAGUUGGGAUGAUGCUGAUCUGAAACUGCCUGGUAAGAGUGCUUUUGAAGACGAGGAGGUAGAUUCAGAACUGCAGCCUAUAACUAAGAAAGAGAUUAAGGUUGUAAGUUCAGCUGUUCAUGGUGCAGCGAUUCUGCCUGUUGCUUCCAAGUCGGUGAUUCCGAUUCAAAAAACUGCUGCAACUGUACCAGGUGUACUGAAGAAUGACCGAAGUAGGAAGGGUGAGCCUGAGGCUAGGGGUGCAGAGCAAAAUAAGCAGAAAGACAGUCCCGAAGAACCUGGUGCUCCUAACCAGGAUGAAGACAAUCUCCGGUCUCCUAUUUGCUGUAUUAUGGGGCAUGUUGAUACUGGUAAAACCAAGCUACUUGAUUGCAUACGAGGUACCAAUGUUCAAGAAGGUGAAGCUGGAGGGAUUACUCAGCAGAUAGGUGCAACUUACUUUCCUGCUGAGAAUAUACGUGAGAGAACUAAGGAGCUCAAAGCUGAUGCGAAGCUGAAGGUCCCUGGUUUGUUGGUCAUCGACACUCCUGGACAUGAAUCUUUCACGAAUCUGCGUUCUCGAGGUUCAGGCUUAUGUGAUAUUGCAAUUUUGGUUGUUGACAUCAUGCAUGGGCUAGAACCACAGACCAUAGAGUCACUUAAUCUUCUUAAGAUGAGGAAUACAGAAUUUAUUGUUGCUCUGAAUAAGGUGGAUAGGCUUUAUGGAUGGAAAGUUUGCAAGAAUGCUCCCAUUGUGAAGGCGAUGAAGCAACAGUCCAAAGAUGUUCAAUUUGAAUUUAAUACAAGGCUUACUCAGAUUGUUACCCAGUUCAAGGAACAAGGUAUUAAUACAGAAUUGUACUAUAAAAAUAAAGAAAUGGGAAAGGACACCUUCAGUAUUGUACCAACUAGUGCUAUUAGCGGAGAAGGUAUUCCUGACAUGCUGUUGUUACUUGUUCAAUGGACACAAAAGACAAUGAUUGAAAGACUUACUUACAGCAAUGAAGUGCAGUGCACGGUGUUGGAGGUUAAGGUUGUUGAAGGGCAUGGAACGACUAUUGACGUGGUUUUGGUUAAUGGUGUCCUUCAUGAAGGAGAUCAAAUCGUCGUUUGUGGCAUGCAGGGACCGAUUGUUACCUCCAUCCGAGCUCUACUAACGCCUCACCCCAUGAAGGAACUCCGAGUAAAGGGAACAUAUUUGCAUCAUAAGAAAAUCAAGGCUGCCCAGGGUAUAAAGAUAACCGCCCAGGGCUUUGAGCAUGCAAUUGCUGGUACUAGUCUAUAUGUUGUGGGGCCUGAUGAUGAUGUGGAAGACAUCAAAGAAGCAGCUAUGGAAGAUAUGAAGUCAGUGAUGAGCAGGAUCGACAAAAGUGGAGAGGGAGUAUAUGUUCAAGCAUCUACACUUGGAUCAUUAGAAGCUUUGCUUGAAUUUUUGAAGACCCCAGAAGUAAGCAUACCUGUCAGUGGGAUUGGCAUAGGUCCCGUGCAUAAAAAGGAUGUCAUGAAAGCUAGUGUUAUGCUUGAGAAGAAGAAAGAGUAUGCAACCAUCUUGGCCUUUGAUGUUAAAGUGACACAGGAAGCUCGGGAACUUUCAGAUGAACUUGGUGUCAAGGUUUUUAUGGCUGAUAUUAUAUAUCACUUAUUUGAUCAGUUUAAAGCUUACAUUGACACUAUCAAGGAAGAAAAAAAGAAGGAAGUUGCUGAAGAAGCAGUCUUCCCCUGUGUGCUCAAGAUCGUACCGAAUUGUGUCUUCAACAAGAAGGAUCCAAUUGUUCUGGGAGUUGAUGUUCUUGAGGGCAUUGUCAGGAUUGGAUCUCCUAUAUGUAUUCCUCAAAAGGAGUUCAUUGAUAUUGGUCGUAUUGCAUCAAUUGAGAACAACCAUAAGCCUGUUGACUCUGCAAAGAAAGGCCAACGGGUGGCCAUUAAGAUAGUUGGAUCUAACCCUGAGGAGCAACAAAAGAUGUUUGGUAGGCAUUUUGAAAUGGAAGAUGAGCUUGUCAGCAAAAUUUCAAGGAGGUCUAUUGACAUACUCAAGGCCAAUUUCCGGAAAGACCUCUCAGUUGAGGAUUGGAGACUUGUCAUGAAACUGAAGACCCUCUUUAAGAUACAAUGAGACAGGUUUUUGUAGCUUGCAAAGGGGUUGAUUCUUAGUUCUCCGAUAAGCUCCAUCUUAGGGGCUUAGCAGUUCAUUGAGCAAUAAGUGGUGAUUUGAGUGUAAACGAAGGUCUGGACAUAAUGUUCAUGCCACCUCAGAGACAGAAAUGAGCAAAAGUGAAGAAUGCAAAUGUUGCUGCCUGCUGCAACUGAUUUCCUUUGGUCGGUACUCCGAGCAUUCUGUGUAUGCUGUUUUUGGUACUGAAGUGAGAUUUAUGCCACAUUGACCAAUGUCAGAGUUGUACAGGGGCACAAAACGGCAACGCAUUUUUUCAUAAUACAGAGAUGUAAUAUUGACUUUUUGAUAUACCAAAAACCGUGCAAAAGAUUAUUGGUUGGCUAUUUGUUGGCAAGUUUUUCAUACAAGUAUCAAAUCCAA